AUGUCAUCAACCCUGACCCAAACCCGAACCCAGAUCUCACGGCCAUUGCCACGGGUACGCAUCAGCAAAGACAAAAUCUGCGACGCCGACAAUGGCAAGCCACUCUUCACAAUCGCACGACAAGCAGGAAGUGUCCCGGCCUUUCUAUCGACCAAACCUUUCCUGAACAUAACGAGAAUAAUCGAUGGCACAUCGACAGGAACCAUCCGCUUUCACAGCGUCACGACAAAAGCCAUCGACGUUUCGACAAAUGGUCGUUCCACAGAGAUCGCGCAUUCGGGCUUCCUGCAUCAUCGAUGGGGUUUCAAGUCGAUCACAUCAAACAGGAGCGGUGAGAUGUGGUACUGGAAGAAGGAUAAGAUUGGAAGAGGUGCCGUUCUUGAGAAUGCCAAGAACGAUGGGCAGGUCCUGGCUCGGGUGCAAGGCGACCUGCUCACGUUUGAGACCGGUCGGCUGGGCAAUGCUUCGUAUGAUGAGGUCCUGGUGUCUGCUAUCGCGAUGGCGGAGGCUGUGAGGCGGCAGAAGAAGAGUGCGAAGAGUGCAAGCAUGGUAGACUUGGGCGGAGCAAUUGGGAGCUUCGCCGAUUCAGGUGGUGGUGGAGGAGGCGGAGGUGGGGACGGGGGAGGAGGAGGUGGUUCGGGUUAGCUACUCUUGCUCUAUUCUCGAGUUCAUUGCUGUGUUUUGUCUGCGACCAUUGUAGAAUCGAGUUGUAUGAGAUUGAAGAGCAUCGUCCUUAC